AGCCUAUUGGCUCUCGCUUCGCCCCACGCAUUAUCUAGUGAUUGGGCCCAUAUCUAGUGCGACUAGGGAAAGGAAUUGAGGAAUGUUCUGGUUGCCUUCUUCCAGUGGCAUGUCAUAAGGGUUGCCUAGGAACCACCUUUUGACCGGAGGCGAUCGCACUCAUCCCCUCCCCUCCCCAUCCCCGUUUAUCUGACCGCCCUAUCGUCACUCUGUCACUCUCGCUCCCUGUCCUCUCAUCUGGAGUGUUAGCCCCAGGGACUGGCGGCCCGCGAUGCGCCUCGCGCCCCUGCACUGCACUGGCUGCAGCACACGGCCCGUAAUCUGUCCGUCGGCACUUCGCGACAGUGUACUACCGCACGUCAGCAGUCUGAUCGUGGGUUCGUCGCCCUGUCCUUCUCGCACUCAUGGGGUCUUCCCCUGGCGGUGCGAGAGAGAGAGAGAGAAACACAGUGCGAUGGAGCUCUGUUCGGAGUCAGCCUACAGCAGCGCGCUUGGACUACAAAACGCUGAAUACUGUUUGCGCGUGCGUUCCCCCUCGGUGAGAGGCGCUGGUUCGAACUGGGGCGAUCCGGGGGGAAUUGCAUAGGAUCGCGUUCGUUCAGGUGCGCAGCACACGCAUGGAUGCUUAAAGAAACUGCAAAGGCCUUAACCACAGUCGGUAGGACAAUGACCAAAUACCAAAACGAACGUGCUGUGCCAACCUCUUGAACCUCUUAAAAAUGGAACUAGGGAUGGUUUUCGUUGACCCCUUCAUACCUGUCACGGUUCUGUUCGGGCUUUGCGACUGGGCAUGUGUGCAGCACGCGGACUCUCUUUCCCUCUCACCGCCCAGGCAAGCGCGCCGUUUCAAAUCGUCCGCCGCGGACGAACGAACAGGCCCGCCCACCAGGCUGCCACCACACACGGCACGGGCAUUCCCCUUCCACGAAUAAAAGUCAACCCUCAUGUCACGCAUCACAAAGAUAAAUGAACCUUUUUUGGACUCGGUCUCAAUUCACGGCUGUAUCUUCCCGCGGAAUUCUUUCUUUGAGUGAAUUAUGCGUAGACAUCUGGAGGGAAGGGACACGCAAUGGGACACUGUGUGCGCGUGAGUUGGCCAUUGAAAACAAAAGUCUUCUGCUGUUUUCUGCUGUUUUCUUGUUAUUGACAUUUGGCGAGACGACCAUCUCGUUGUGUAUUUAGCCCAUUUAGACGUAAACAUGGGUUUAGUCCUCAUGUGAGGGACUUUUACUUGCAUCACAUCAAGUGUGGAAGUGAGAAUAACAAUGAGUGGUGACAGUAGCGAGUUGCUGGAUGAUGGGGUGCAGGUGAAGACAGAAGGUGGAUCAAACAGCAGCAAGGUUUGCAGCGUAUGUGGAGAUCUGGCUCUGGGAUAUAAUUUUAAUGCUCUUACUUGUGAGUCCUGCAAGGCAUUUUUCCGCAGAAAUGCUCUCAAAGCUAAGGAGUUUAAGUGUCCCUUUACAGAGAGCUGUGUUAUGACAGCUAUUACUCGAAGAUUUUGUCAGAGAUGCCGAUUACAGAAAUGUUUUGCAGUUGGUAUGAGAAAGGAAUACAUUAUGUCAGAAGAAGAAAGGCUCAACAAACGACAAAAAAUUGAACAAAAUAGAGCAAAAAAGAGAGCUGCAUCAUGUCCAGAUGACGAGCCUAGUUUAAAUACCACAAAGCGUAACCGACCUUCUCCCAAAUCUUCUCACUCUAAUUCUGAGUGGAACAGAAACUCAGAUUGGUCUUCAGGAACCCCUUCCAAUAGCCAGAACAGUCCAAGUGCUUCCCUGCCUCACGAGAGGAGUCCCUCAAGAAGCGGUGAUGCUCUUUCAGAGCGUUUGUUGGAGUCCCACCCUUCACCAACCACUGCUUCAUCUGCGGGAAGUGUUCCAAGUCCGAACUCGCCACCAGACAGUGCAACCGUUGCUGCAUCUCAGAACACAGAAAUGGUUGCUAUAAAAGAUGUUGGUAGAAUUAACAAACAGAGUAUGAUAAGUGUCAUUACCUACCCACAUCAAAUAAGUCAAUCCCCUGAGACUCAUCAUGUAUCAAGAAGCAGUUCAAGUGUUCUGCCUGAUUCAAAGAUGUCUUCAGUGACAACAUCUACACAAACUGAUGAAAUGCAAGAGAGUGCGAAAAGGCUUACAACUACUGCCACUCAAACUUCUGACAGCUCACAACCUGUCUCUCAACCUUCUCCCCUUCUGUCAUCAUUAAUCUGCAGCCAGCGCUCGGAUGAGUCCAUCUCUCACCAAGAAACAUCCAUGUCUCCCUCCCCAGAAGACUCUUUGCUUGCAGUGGAGGGAACAGGUGGAUGGACGGGAGUUGAUGGUGUCAAUGGCCGCUCAUGGGAUUCGUGUGCACAGCCACCCAAUGUGUCACAGAGACAUGUUGAUGAUGAUAUCCUGCAGGAUGUAUUCAGGAUCCCCGGUGUUGCUAAUUCAUUCGAUGCUAUUCUUAGUGAAGCUAUUAAGUUGGAGUUUUCUGCGUACUCCCCUCGAACAUUAUCAGUUCCUCACUUACACGCUGAUGGUUUCCCUCUUAGCAGAGAGUUGAAUGAUGCAGAGAGAGCCAAGCUCAAUGAGUUGAUUGUGGCCAACAAAGCUUUACUGGCACCUCUUGAAGAGACUAGCACUGGUGAUCCUCGCUUAUUGGACAUCAUAAAUCUCACUGCAGUAGCCAUUCGCAGAUUGGUGAAAAUGGCAAAGAAGAUUAAUGCAUUCAAAAACAUGUGUCAAGAGGAUCAAGUCGCUCUUUUGAAAGGUGCUUGCAUGGAGAUGCUGAUUUUGCAUAGUGUCACAACAUACAACCCUGAAAAAGAUUCAUGGGCUCUGCCUCACAGUACUGCAAUUAGUGUUGAUGUUCUCAAAGAAUGUAAAGGAAAUUUGUAUCAAGAGCACCGACGGUUUCAACAGUCAUUUGAUCCAAGAUGGAGAACAGAUGAAAAUAUCAUGCUUAUCUUGUCAGCAAUAACACUGUUUACACCUGCCCGAGCAAAUAUUGUACAUCAUGACGUCAUUAAACUUGAACAGAAUUCAUACUGGUAUUUACUUCGGCGGUAUUUAGAGUGUACAUUACCAGGAUGUGAAGCCCGUUCUACUUUUUUAAAAUUGAUUCAAAAGAUUUCAGAACUACAUCGUCUUAAUGAAGAGCAUGUUAGAGCUUACUUAGAUGUUGAUCCCUGUGAAGUUGAGCCACUAUUGAUAGAAAUAUUUGAUCUCAAACCUCCUUCAAUGUUGUGAAAAUAUUAGGAUUUUUUUUUUUUCAAAGAUGUUGUCAUCUUAUUUCUGCACUGCCCCUUGAUUGCUAUUUUUGGUAUUCCAUUUUUCCUUUGGAAUUAUACUGUCUAAUUCUGAUGUCAAUCUUCUUCAGUGCCAUGUAAUUCAAGAGUAUAUCUAGAUCAAGUAUUUUUCAGAGAAGUGCUAACUUUUUUUUCAUUAUUGGUAGCUUUUAUGUAGCAGGUAACAUAUUAGAGCUCUGUUAUUAAUUGAGUAUUUUGAACCCUGUUAAGUGUUGGUGUACUGGUGUAACUACUAUGUAUGUUACCCUGUAACUUACUCUUUCUUUAUCUUGUUACAAUGUGCUGUAUAAAAUUCCUUGUUAACAUGUACCUAUAGUCUAAUUUUAUGUCUGUUACUCAAAUAUUUACCUGCUUAGCUUAUUAGACUUGUACAAAUUCCUAUACUGUUAUUGAAUAAUCUUGUAUAGUUUCACAUGUAUGCUCAACUUUUGAUUGGCUUCAAGCUGAUUCUCUUUGUGAACUUGAGAGGACAAAUGUAUUGAGUCUUAAGAGCUAAUUAUAGAUGUGCUAGGUUUUACAUCUAUAUUGUGGUAUUUGUUUGCUCAGAAAAGUUUCUAUUUGUAUUUCAUUACUCACUUCAGGUUCAUUGUUUGCUUGCUGUCUUAGGGUUAGAGACUGACAAUGUGCAUGUUUUUUUCUUCUAUAUAGUUUAUGUACUGUAGCUGUAGAAACUUUUAUUGCACUUAUGAAUUGGUUUUCAAACAAAUCAAACUUGUUUUGGGUUGGGUCCAAACAGGUACCUGUGAUGUAGAAUGUCAAAAGUGCCUCCCAAGAAAGGUAUGCUAUGUCUAUUAAGAAGUGGGAGAUACAGUACCUGGUACUACUGGAUGUCACCUACCAUAAGCAAAGGGACCAUGCAUUUUAACUUUUUUUUACUGUUAUCUUGACAUGCCUCAUGUGUUACUGUCCUGAGAAAAUGUUUAUAAUUGUACUAGCCUGAAAGGUAUUGAAUCUCAGUUACCGCAUUUAAUCUAUCAUAAUUUUUAAAUAAAUUUGCUUGUUACU